AUGGCUGAGAAGACCGCAGAGGAGACCCGGCUGUGGAAUGGGGCCAUACUUCAGGAUGCUUCGCAGGGCCUCCAGGACAGCUUGUUCUCCUCCGAAAGUGACAACAGCCUGUACUUCACCUACAGUGGCCAGUCCAACACUCUGGAGGUCAGAAAUCUCACCUACCAGGUGGACAUCGCCUCUCAGGUGCCUUGGUUUGAGCAGCUGGCUCAGUUCAAGAUCCCUUGGAGGUCUCACAGCAACCAAGACUCCUGUGAUCUGGGCAUCCAGAAUCUGAGCUUCAAAGUGAGGAGUGGGCAGAUGCUGGCCAUCAUAGGCAGCUCAGGCUGUGGGCGAGACUCACUCCUGGACGUGAUCACAGGCAGAGACCAUGGUGGCAAGAUGAAAUCAGGACAAAUCUGGAUCAACGGGCAACCCAGCACGCCGCAGCUGAUAAGGAAGAGUGUGGCCCACGUGCGCCAGAAUGACCAGCUGCUCCCCAACCUGACUGUCAGAGAGACCCUGGCUUUCGUGGCCCAGAUGCGCCUGCCCAGGAGCUUCUCUCAGGCCCAGCGUGACAAAAGGGUAGAGGACGUGAUUGCGGAGCUGCGGCUGAGGCAGUGUGCCAACACCCGCGUGGGUAACACGUAUGUGCGUGGGGUGUCCGGGGGCGAGCGCCGGAGAGUGAGCAUCGGGGUGCAGCUGCUGUGGAACCCAGGAAUCCUUAUUCUGGAUGAACCCACUUCCGGCCUCGACAGCUUCACUGCCCACAACCUGGUGAGAACGUUGUCCCGCCUGGCCAAAGGCAACAGGCUGGUGCUCAUCUCCCUCCACCAGCCCCGCUCUGACAUCUUCAGGCUGUUUGACCUGGUCCUUCUGAUGACAUCUGGCACCCCGAUCUACCUGGGGGCCGCGCAGCACAUGGUGCAGUACUUCACAGAGAUCGGCUACCCUUGUCCUCGCUACAGCAACCCCGCCGACUUCUACGUGGACUUGACUAGCAUUGACAGGCGCAGCAAAGAACAGGAAGAGGCCACCAUGGAAAAGGCUCGGUCACUUGCAGCCCUGUUUCUAGAAAAAGUGCAAGGUUUUGAUGACUUCCUGUGGAAAGCCGACACAAAGGAACUCCACGCGGAUACCUAUGCAGUCAGCCAGACCCUCUCACAGGACGUGGACUGUGGGACUGCAGUGAAGCCGCCCGGGAUGAUACAACAGUUUACCACCCUGAUCCGUCGUCAGAUUUCCAAUGACUUCCGAGACCUGCCCACCCUGCUCAUCCACGGGGCGGAAGCCUGCCUGAUGUCCCUCAUUAUUGGGUUCCUUUACUAUGGCUAUGACGUCAAGCCACUCUCCUUCAUGGACACAUCAGCCCUCCUGUUCAUGAUAGGAGCACUUAUACCUUUCAACGUCAUUCUGGAUGUCGUCUCCAAAUGUCACUCGGAAAGAUCGAUGCUGUACCACGAGCUGGAAGAUGGGCUGUAUAGUGCUGGUCCAUAUUUCUUUGCCAAGGUCCUGGGCGAACUGCCCGAGCACUGCGCCUACGUCAUCAUCUACGGGAUGCCCAUCUACUGGCUGACCAACCUGCGGCCAGUCGCCGAGCUCUUCUUCCUGCACUUCAUGCUUCUGUGGCUGGUGGUCUUCUGCUGCAGGACCAUGGCCCUGGCUGCCUCUGCCAUGCUGCCCACCUUCCACAUGUCCUCCUUUUUCUGCAACGCCUUCUACAACUCCUUCUACCUCACCGCGGGCUUCAUGAUAAACCUGGACAACCUGUGGAUAGUACCUUCGUGGAUUUCCAAGCUGUCCUUCCUCCGCUGGUGUUUCUCGGGGCUGAUGCAGAUCCAGUUUAACGGAUACCCUUACACGGUGCAGAUCGGCAACUUCACCUUCUCAGUCUCCGGAGAUGAGAUGGUGGCUGUCAUGGACCUGAACUCGCACCCGCUCUACGCGAUCUACCUCAUCGUCAUUGGCAUCAGCUGUGGCUUCCUGUUCCUGUACUAUCUGUCCUUGAAGUUCAUCAAACAGAAGUCACUUCAAGACUGGUGAUGCUCACCCAAGCUUGCUCCUGCUGGUGGGACCCUUCUCCCAGGGCUGGCUGCCUCCUGUGGAGCCCUCCUGACGCCACUGAGGACAAA